GCAGAACUUUCCAAACGACUUCGCCGAUCGUGCGGCUCGUUCACGCCAGUGUGCCGGAGGAUUCUCCACCGUUUUACCGCUUUUGCGCCACCGACGACGGAACGAAGAUGCGUCGCAAAUAGCUUCCACAUUCGGUCCAUCGGCCGCAUCCAGAUUUCAAAUUUAAAUUGUCGACGAUCGGAUAAAUAUUUAACUGCAUAUGCCCGUUGACCGGUGGAAUCGCCGUAGGAAUUGUGUGGUGGAAAUUGUGUUAGUUGACCGUAGCUAUUUAUUAUUGGAUGUGUGAAAAUUCGGCGUUCGAUUGCGCUUAAUCGAGUUACAUUGCGAACAUGUGGCUUCUGUUUCUCUUCGGAUUGCUGGUGGUGGUGGCCGCUGGUCGCGAGUCUUACGAGCGAAUAGGUUAUUUCUGGCACAUCACCGACAUCCACUACGAUGCUCGGUAUAACUUUCACGGAGACGCCCGAAAAGGAUGCUGGCGUCCCGAUUAUGACGGCAACGUGGGAUCCCGUGCACAGAGGAGACCCAUGGGUCGUUACGGAGAUUACAGCUGCGACGCCACAUGGGAACUCAUCGAGUCUGCGGCCCGCACGAUGAUGACUCGCCAAAAUGACAAUGUCGAGUUCGUGUUGUGGACGGGAGAUGCACUGUCACACGCAGCGCGUCGCCUGCAGGAAACCCGUCAGAUCGAAUUGCUGCAGAACCUGACAGAUCUGCUAAGGAAGACGUUCAGUUCGCAGUUCGUUUUCCCCGCCUUGGGCCACGACGAUCCAACGGACAGGAAGGAACUGGGAAAUAUGUGGUCGAGAUGGUUGCCGACCGAUUCGAUGAAAACAUUUGAAACAGGCGGUUACUAUAUAAUCGAGCGCAAACAACUGAAACUUCAAAUUGUUGUUCUGAACACAAACUUAAUGAAGAAAAAUGACAACAACGAUGAUGCUGCCGCCAAACAAUGGGAUUGGCUUGAAAAAGUGCUGAACAAGUUUCAGCGCAACGAAGAAACGGUGUACCUCGUCGGACAUAUGGCCCCCGGCUCGAACGAACGACAAAGGGGACCGGCACAAGCCCACGCCAUGUUCUCCGAUCACAACAACAAAAGGUACCUGAAACUGGUGCGGAAAUAUGCCGCCAUCAUAGUGGGACAAUUCUUCGGUCAUUUGCAUUCCGACACUUUUCGGGUGAUAUAUGGAGAAAACGGGCGACCGGUUUCCUGGGCCAUGCUGGCCCCAUCAAUCACACCGAGGAGGACUAAUGACGGCCCCAACAAUCCUGGACUACGGAUUUACAAAUUUGACAAGGAUACCGGCCAGGUUUUCGACUACACCCAAUAUUAUCUGGACCUAUCAAGUGUGAACAUAAAUUCAAAACGGGAGGCCGAAUGGGUCGUUGAAUACAACUUCAGUUCGUAUUACAGCAUCAAUGAUAUUAAUGCAGUGAAUUUAAAUUUGCUCGCCGAAAAGUUAACACAACAAAAUCCAAACGACAACGCUCCAUUUAACAGAUAUUAUCGUGCAAAUGCGGUUCGCAUCAACAAUAACCCGCAGACCAGCUGCGACACCAACUGCGCCCACCUGCAUUAUUGCGCCAUCACUCGCGUCGAUUACGACGAGUAUGCGCAGUGUCUCAAGACUGCCGCCAGCGCCCUCUCGUCUUCCACUACGUCAACGUUAAGGCCUGCGGCGGCCGUCGUGGCGCUGCUCGCUGCCAUUGUGAUCUACCGAGUGUGAUAAACUGAUUAGUUUUAUAAAGUGGGGACAAUAAAUGCAAUGACCGUUGUCCAAGUCUCUAAUGUGGAUGGAACGAGUGGGAGUAUAUGUUACAAGAUAAGGACGUUGAUUAAUUGCCAAAAUGUUGAUGAAGUCGCAAAUUUUACGAGAACUAACCGAGAAUAGUUGUCAUUUACUUUGGUGACUGUAACUCCUUUUUACUGUAAAUAAAUAAAGCAAUUUUAUGUGCACCUAAUUUCCGGAAAAGUUUGAAAAUAUUUUAUCCAAAAAACAGCAUCGUAUUGAUUGGAUUUACACCCUUCUAUACUUGUCAUCAGUCUCAAUUUAACCGAAACACAACCAUUUGUUAAGAAAGUUAUUUGUGGCUAUUGAACUGUUUUCUUGGGCGGAAACUUGCUAACAAAAAACAACAAUCAAUAAUUACAGUGUUAGGACUAACUUUCCAGAAUAUCUAAGUAAAUACACUACUUCCAAGCAAUUGUUUAUUAACUUCCCACACAAUCGUGGUGUGAAUAUUCUUGUAAAAUUUCAAUUUCAAUUAACGAAAAAAGAGAUUUAUAAUAUGUAGUUUUUAGGUAGACAUAGAUAAAUUUUUAAUGGUGCUAAAUUUUGCUCAGAACCUUUAGGUUUUUUAUUUCUAUUUAAAGUUAUGUUACCUCAUGCAAAAUUGUACAGGGUUGUCCGAAAGUUGAAGACUUUCUUUUGGAUGGACUAUUUUAAUCUAAUGUGCAACCGCCAAAAUAUUCAAAAUUCACAGUGUAACUUUCGGUAAAUACCACAGGUUGAGACUUGGCAACAAUAUGUAACCUUUAGAUAGACGUGUACAUUUUUUACAUAACAUGGAAUUGGUAUAAUACAAAUUAUAUGAGUGCGUUUGCACAAUUUAUGUACAAUAUUUUUGUAACGCAGGAAAGAAAAUAGUCUAUGAUAUUAUAAAUUUAUACCUGCAGAACGAAGUGAACCUGUAUAAAACUAUAUUAAUAAUAAUAAAAGUAAUGCUUUUUAUGUAAAACUAUAUGGCACUGUACUAAUGUAUGCAACCGAGUACAUUAUCUCAUAAACGUGGAAUUCUCGUAUUUGCUAUUUUAAGUAAACAAAACAGAAGUGUAUAAUUUUGUAACUAGAGAUUCAAAUGUAAAUAUAAUUAUGUGCCUCUCAGAUAAAUAGUAUUUAUACAGAAUAUAAUGUAAUUUACGCUUACUUGAAUUUUGUUUUGUGCUUUAAUAAUAUGACGAAUGGAGGAACCCAUAAUGCACCGAAAUGGGUAUAUAUUACACACAUAGUAAAUUAAUGUUAUCGCAAAAAUUGUUUAGAUAACAUAGAAGUUGGUUUAUUAAAUGAAUUCGGCAAGAUUGUUGCAAAUUUUCUAUGCAAUAACAUUGUAUGGAAUAUAUUCUAUGUUAGGCUAAUAAAUGUUCUAUUCAUGCAAUCAAUAAUUUGCAUUAACUACUGUGUUUAAUCCUCUAAAGUUGCUUCCCACUUGCCGAUAAUCUUUUAAUAAAACAAAUCACAAGCACAAUAAAGUACCUUCCGACCGUAAUUUUCAUUCAAAAUUAAUUAGAGGAUGGAACUGAAUAUCAUUUAUAGAUUAUGAUUUUUUUUCUAAUAGAAAUACGAGAAUUUUACAAAUAUUUUCUUAUAAUAGUGUAAUUACCGUGAUUUAUUUUAAACAUGUAAACAAGUCGUCGUCUAAUUUUAUAAUUUUGUAUAUAAAAACUUGUACAGCAAAAAUCGACAUUAAUGGCGAACUGCCAUUCUAUCUUAUUGUUUAAAAUAAAUCAUUUCAGAAAGAAGGAUUACGUUUACCAUUCGUCUAACUAUUUUAAUUAGGUAAACUAUUCCUUCCGUUAAAACAUGUACAUAGUUUAUAAAUAAAUUAAAAUUAUAAAUCCUGCCAAAACGAGUAAGGAUUAAAACAGCAAGAUGUGUUCUUGUGUGAUAUAAUUUAGAUAAACGAUUUCAUGUAUUUUUGUAUCAUUUAAACUUCUAAAUGUACAUAUUUAAUUGUUAACUAUAACAAAAUGACCAAAUUUUGCUAUCAUAUAGCGCAUAAUUAAUAUAGCUCUCUAUAUUGUUACGUUUAUGUACAAUAAUUUAUUACGUAUUUGUGUUAUGUAAGGUGACCUUAUCCUCAACUGUUAGUGAAUAUAAUCACCUUUCAUAAUGAACGAAUUUAUAAUUAAAUUAAUAAAAACCCAGAAAUUUUCCAGUAUACAAUAUUCACUACAUGCAUAUGUGUAGGUAUUGUUUUAUUCUUAUUUCGGAAUGGAAAUAUUCGUUCCGCUGUAAUUAAUCGGAGUUAAUGGAAGUUAUUUGUAAUGGAAAUACCAAUUCCACUUGAUGGUUAGAAAGAAAACAUUUAUAUUUUAUCCGGGAAAGGCAGUUAUUUAUGUACCUUUCAUUAACUUUUUCCACUCCCCCAAAAUGCGUAUUUCGUGUUUGUCCUUUUUAUACUAAUGAGGUGGAAAAAUUUGUAAUAUCCAUAAAAACUAAUAAACCUCUGUUCCAAAACUUAAUAAAAUUGCUUAAUAUAUCUUAUAUGUGUAUUUUAAAAGCCACUGUGAAUAUAAACUAAUUGUUGUAAGUAGAAUGUUAACCUAUAAUAUAUAAAGUAUUGACAUCAAAAAUGAAAAUAAUUUACUCUUUAACUAUUAUUCGUUUGAUUGUCGUAAAUAAUUGUUAUCCUCUGAAAAGUUAUAGAAAAACAUAGAUAUAACUAUAAUAUUUAAUUUUUGAACUGCUAGUAAUCAAAAUGUAAAAUAAAGAUGUUUUGUUGUUCUUGUAGUGUCUUGUAAACAAAAUUUAUGUGUAUAAAAACUUUGUUAUUUAUGGUUCGUUACUGGUGUCAAUACAUUAUUGUUUUCUAUUUUUAUUGAUUUUAUUUGUAAUGAAUAUAUAAUAAUAAUAAAUUAUUAAAGGUUA